AUAAAGUGGUAAUUUUUUUUCUGACCUUUUUCCGGUUUCUAGGGUUUGUAACAAUCGACAUUUUUAUUCAAUUAAUAAUAGGGGAAUUUUUCCCUAAAUUCUUCAAUACAUACACAGACUAGAAUAUAUCAAAAAUUGUCCUGAUUACAUUAAUGAUUUUUUUGUAAAUAAUAUUUCUGAGAUUGAAGUUUCUGUUUCGUGGUUGUAUCAGAAUUUAUUGGAUUUGUCAAAUUCAGGGUUUUGGUCAAUGCAGUGUUUCAGCUUGGUUUGGUCAAUCUGGAAUUCAAAUACCUAGAUCAAGUUUGUCUAUUAUGGGGACAGAACUUUUAAGAGCUUGUCUGAACGAAGAAGAUCUUGAUUUUCCAGCAGUCCCACCUGGUUUUGAAUCUUUCACCUCUUUCAAGGUGAAGGUCGAAAAUGCUGACAGUGAACCCUGCUGCUCAGUUUCUUCUAAUCCUUCUCGACAAGAACCUGUUCAUGUAAAACUUGAACAUGGGAUUGGUGGUGGGGGAAAAAUAUCAAGAUCUCUGAGACGUAGACCAUCUAACAGCUAUGGACGAUACAAUCAAUGCUCUGAUGAAGAAUCUGAUUGUGAGCAGCUUGACCAGAAUUUCCCCACAAAGUCUGGCCUAACAAGAGGGGUUAUCCGUGGUUGCCCUGAAUGUCCCCACUGCCAAAAGGUUGUUGCAAGAUGGCAUCCGGAUGCUGCUUGUAGGCCUGACCUUGAAGAGGUGCCUGUAUUCUACCCGAGUGAAGAGGAAUUUAAAGAUACAAUAAGGUUUAUAGAAAAGAUACGACCAAAAGCUGAAAGAUAUGGAAUUUGCCGUAUUAUUCCUCCUCCUACUUGGAAUCCACCCUGUCCUCUUAAAGAGAAACAUAUAUGGGAAAAGGCCAAAUUCGGGACUCGCGUACAGAAAGUAGACAAACUACAGAAUCGUGAUGCAUCGAGAAAACAGUCCAAGGUCCACACUCAAGCCAGGAAGAAAAGGAGAUGCGUUAGAAUGGGUGUAGAGUGUGGUCCAGGGAAUGGAAAUGCCUUUGAGCUAGGGGAACCUGGUUUUGGUUUUGAACCUGGUCCUGAUUUCACUCUUGAUGAAUUUCAGAGAUAUGCAAAUGCUUUCAAGAGCCAAUAUUUUAGGAGUGUAAAUAGUACAGAUUCAGUCAUUGAAGAAGCAAAAAGUACUGAUUGCUGGGAGCCAUUAGCUAAGGAUAUAGAGGGUGAAUAUUGGCGAGUGGUUGAGAAGCCUACAGAAGAAAUUGAGGUCCUUUAUGGGGCUGAUCUGGAAACUGGAGUUUUUGGCAGUGGUUUUCCAAAAUUCUCUGCUGAAAGUUUUUCGGAUGCUGAUGAGGAAUAUGUGAAAUCAGGAUGGAACUUGAACAAUCUACCUAGGCUUGCAGGUUCUCUACUUUCCUAUGAAAAUGCUGAAAUAUCAGGUGUUCAAGUUCCGUGGUUGUAUGUUGGAAUGUGCUUUUCCUCGUUUUGUUGGCAUGUUGAAGAUCAUCAUUUGUAUUCUCUGAAUUACAUGCAUUUUGGUGCUCCAAAAAUGUGGUAUGGUGUCCCUGGGAGCGAUGCUGUUAAACUGGAGGCUGCAAUGAAGAAACAUUUGCCUGAUCUAUUUGAUGAGCAGCCUGAUCUCCUCCACAAGCUGGUUACCCAACUUUCUCCAUCCAUAUUGAAAUCAGCUGGGGUACCAGUCUAUCGGUGCAUGCAGAGUGCAGGAGAGUUUGUAUUGACCUUUCCCCGAGCUUAUCAUGCUGGGUUCAAUUGUGGGUUCAACUGUGCAGAGGCAGUGAAUGUAGCUCCUCUUGAUUGGCUUCCUCAUGGAUUAAAUGCAGUAGAGCUUUAUCGUGAGCAGCGACGAAAAACAACUAUAUCUCAUGAUAAAUUGCUACUUGGGGCAGCUAGAGAAGCUGUAAAAGCUAACUGGGAACUUAAUUUACUAAGGAAAAAUACCAUCGAUAACCUCAGAUGGAAAGAUGUCUGUGGAAGGGAUGGGAUCUUAGCCACGUCUCUGAGGGCACGUGUUGAUGCUGAGCAUGCAAGGAGGGAAUUCCUUUGCAAACAUUUAAAGGCACUGAAGAUGGAGAGUACUUUUGAUGCCACAACCGAGAGGGAAUGCUACAUAUGUUUCUUUGAUUUGCACCUUUCGGCUGCUGGUUGUCGCUGUUCCCCAGAUAGGUUUGCAUGUUUGAAUCAUGCAAAACAAUUGUGUUCAUGUAGUUGGGAUGCUAAAUUUUUCUUGUUUCGCUAUGAUAUUACGGAGUUGAAUCUUCUGGUUGAUGCUUUGGAAGGCAAAUUGAGUGCCAUUUACAGAUGGGCCAGACUUGAUCUUGGGCUUGCAUUGAGUUCUUGCAUAUCCAAAGAUAAUCGACCUGUUAUGGGAAUUAGUGGUGCAUUUCCAGAGCAUCCUGGAGACAAUACUGCGUGUAAGACAAAUUUGCAAUCUAUAGUACCCUUUAAAAGUAAAGACGUUUGGAUGAAAAACCAAACUGUUUUGGCUUUAGGUGGUGGAACUUCUUCAGUUGAAAGGGGGAAGUUCUCUGACGCUGUACUGGCCCUGGGAGCCACAAAGAUCCCUCCUAUUAAAUUGUUUCGCCAAAUUAAGCCAAAAAGUGACAAACCACAGAUCAAUAAAGUUGGAGGGGAAGUCCCUGCAUAUAAUCCAGGUGAUUGCACACAUCAACUAUUUAGUAGAGAUACACUCAGCAAUAAUAGGUCCACUUUACUGGAAUCGAUGAAAUCAUCUUCACACAGGCAAGAUAAUCUGAUAUGCCUUAGUGAUGAUGAGGAUGAACAAUCAACUAAACCUAUUUGUGAUACAGGAACAACAUGUCAAGACAGUCCAAAAGUUCCCCAGAUAGAGAGGUCUGAUCAUAAGUUGAAUCUUUGCGAUCUAGCUAAUGCAGCCUUGGCUGCUGAAGCCAAUCUAAGCUUGAUGUGCGAUGGACAUAAAGAUGACUGUAUGUCUUGUUCAACGUCCCCGAAUAAUGAAGCUGAGGUAAAAUGUGAAACAGUCGGUCUAUAUGAUGAACAUAAUAUUUCCUGUCAUCAAGGUUCUAUAGGUUCUAGUGUUGAGAAAAGGGAUCCAGAUGCCUCCACUCCUGAUAGCUUUCAUCAACAUACAACAUGCGCUCCUAAUGUGGGAUAUGGCAUUAAGUUUAGGGAUGAAAGUGUCAUACAGAGAGUUAUUGACGAGGCUAGAACUUUACCUGGAAGUCCAUCAUGUAGUCAAAGUAGCGUAGACAAAUAUCCUCGCCAGAGAGGUCCACGCAUUGCAAAAGUUGUGCGGAGAAUCAACUGCAAAGUUGAACUGCUAGAGUCUGGUGUUGUGAAUCUUGGAAAUCUAUGGAGCAGUAGCAGAGCCAUUUUCCCGAAAGGGUUUAAAAGCCGCGUCAGUUACAUAAACUUCUCGGAUCCCACAAACUUUUGCAACUAUAUCUCAGAAAUUCUUGAUGGUGGAUCAAAAGGACCACUUUUCAUGGUAUCCAUGGAGCACGACUCGAAUGAAAUUUUUGUACACUUUUCCCCUACCAGAUGCUGGGAAAUGGUUCUUGAACGAGUGAAUCAGGAGAUCAGUAAGCAGCACAAAUUGGGAAAAACAAAGCUUCCUCCUCUGCAGCCUCCCGGCAGCUUGGACGGACUUGAAAUGUUUGGUUUUUCCUCCCCAGCUAUAGUUCAGGUUAUCGAAGCAUUGGACAAGAAUCGCGUAUGUGCAAAUUAUUGGAACUCUCGUCCCCUUUCUCAUAUUUCACAGUGUUUUCAACCACGAGGAAACAACCGAAACACAUAUAAUAUGUCGGAAAAGCAAAAUGUAGGCGGAUCUGACACAAUACUCAGAAGAUUAAUCAAGAAGGCUGACGCUGAAGAAUUACACUCACUCAUCGAGCUUUUGGGCAAGGAUCAUAGUCACGUGACCCGUGUUAUAAACGAGGAGAUCGAGAAUCGAUCAAGGUAGUUAAACAUCCAGUCUCAAGGGGAUAUAUUGAAUUGGUGAAUGAACUUUGAGGCUGGUAUCUGUUAGGGUAUCUGUAAAUUUUUAGUAGGGUCAUUAAUUUUUUUCCCAGUUUUUGAUUAAUUUCUAUUCACUUGAGUGAUAAGGGAAGCUGGAAACUUAUCCUUUGGAUGCAAGUUUUCUUCCAGUCUUCUUAUAGGGGUUGGAUAAGUAAAUGAGCUCUUCUUUUUUGUUAACUCACUGCUAGGUUCCCAUUUUAGUGCAUAGAAAUUAGAAUGAUUAUAAUGACAAAUCUUACCCACACAAUACACUGAAACAAAUUCUUUGAAUGAUAUAUAGAUAUUACCUUUUGUA